CACCAUAUUUUCACACCACCCUUUUCAUAUAAUAUGAAUCACCAAACCCUUUUUUCUUGAGAUUUUUUUCCCUUUCCACCAAAUCUUCCUCAAUAAUUCUCCAUCUUUGUGUUCAUUAUAUAUGGAUCACCAUCACCAGCAGCUCCACCAGCAAUACUCGGAAUCCGUCGGCGGCAGCGAUAGGUUCCCGCAAUGGAGCAUUCAAGAAACCCGGGAUUUCUUGCUUAUCCGGGCCGAACUCGACCCGAAUUUCAUGGAGACGAAGCGUAAUAAGAUGCUUUGGGAGGUGAUUUCGACUCGGAUGAAAGAAAAAGGCUAUAGCAGAAGCGCGGAGCAGUGCAAGUGCAAAUGGAAAAACCUCGUCACCAGAUACAAGGGAUGUGAAACGAUGGAGACGGAAGCGAUGAGGCAGCAAUUCCCAUUCUACAACGAGCUGCAGACGAUAUUCGCGACGAGGAUGCAGAGAAUGCUGUGGCUGGAGGCGGAGGGGAGUGGCACGGCCUCGAAGAAGAAGAAGGCGGCGCAGCUAUCGUCGGACGAGGAGGAGGAGGGGGAGGAGGAGAGCGACGGGCAAAAAGGUCAUAAAAAGAAGAUGAAGAAAUUGAAGGGAGGUGCAAGCAAUCUUAAUUCGAAUGUUUCGGUGGUGGCGGGAGUGAGGGAAAUGAUGGAUGAAUUCAUGAAGCAGCAAAUGCAGAUGGAGAUGCAGUGGAUGAAGGCGUACGAGGCGAGGGAGGAGGAGCGGAGGAUCAAGGAGAUGGAGUGGCGGCAGACGAUGGAGGCGUUGGAGAAUGAGAGGAUGAUGAUGGAGAAGAGGUGGAGAGAGAGGGAGGAGCAAAGGAAGAUAAGAGAGGAGGCUAGAGCUGACAAAAGGGAUGCUCUUGUUACAGCUCUCUUGAACAAGCUUAGAAGAGAAGAUAGUAACAUGGAUUGCACGAGUCUUGAAAUUUCUUGGAAGAGAAGUCAGAAAAUGAUACUAUUGUGUUAAGAGAUGUGAAUCCCAUUUAAUGAAGGUUGAUAUUUUCUUCU